AUGACAGGUGCCGUUGUGAACACGGAUCCCUUAAGCCCGGGAGUUAUCGCGAUCACCAAACGGGGUGCCGCUGACAUGGUGACAACGACAAUCUACUCGAUGGUUUCGUUGGCUGAAGACGAACACCUUGACCUAAAGCCUAUACAUGAAUUUACAAGCUAUCGUCGCGCUAUUGCGCUACAGGGAAACAUCUUUGUUGCUAGCGACGUCGACAACAUUGUGCGCUUAAUCGAUACAGGCUCUGGACAGCAAAUCUGUCAGCUUCGUGUGCCACUCGAACAUGAUGAUCCUACUCUAUUCAACGAGGAAGAUACGUGCAUGGCUGUCGUUCUGGUACACAACCAUGCGAUCACAUUUUGUCGACGAUGGAUACAUCUAUACAAAAUAUCGAACCAGGUUGAUGGGUCUUCUGAUGUGCCGUCCUACCUCCCAGCCACCAGUCACAAAUGGACAUGGAAUAUCGAUACUAUCGUAGUAUCCCCCCGGAGUCUUUCUCGUAUAAAAUCCGACUCGCCUUCCUUCCCUUUGAUCGAUAUCCUCAUUCGCUUCGAUACAUGGUUUCCAUGGCCCGUGAACAUUAUUCACCACUAUGUUCUCCCUCCUAACCCAUCUCUAUCAGAUGCCCGUUCGCAUUCCGACACGUUUGAAUCGUUCGAAGAGGAUCAUGCCGUACAAGCGGAGCUCCCUUAUCUCUUCGCGACAUCUUCCAUCCACGGUCCAUUCAUGAUCCAUUCUAUAUCGUCUCCCAUACGCCUCUUUACACCAUCCGACAUGGUCCUUGGGCGUUACGGCACGGCGCUGUGGUUGGAUGCGCAGAGUUCGAAUAGUGGUCCUGCGCAGGCAGGUGACCAUGGACAGCGGAUUGCAGGGAAGAUGCUAAUAUCCCCUCGGACGCCACCACAUACCCAAAUGCGCACCAUUAAACGCACAGAAGAUGACAAGGUCAGUCCGGGGUACGCCGAGGAGCAGCCGGGUAAUUCCUCCAGCGGCCAGGCCAUUCAUGAAGGGGCAAUUGCUCACGAGCCACGGAUGAUGGUGUUCCACAUGCAAGAUGAGGAAGAUGAUUGGAGCCGCUUGGCUUUGGACGAGGAAGAAGGUCGGAUAGCUAUUGGGACUGUAAAUGGGACUGUUCUGUUGUUUGAAUAUGUACCUCGCGAGUAG